UUUUUUGCAGUACAGAUUUCAACAAGUGAUUUUUUUUCAUAAACAGAGAUGCAGAAACUGUCAUUAGCAGAAAGUCUCAGUCAUACAGACACAUUACACCGGAUGUCUCUAAAAGACCUAGCAGUUGAAGUAGGUCAUAUGUCUCUUGAUGAAAGUGACCGGAAUGAAAGUACAAAUAAUGAAAUUAUUAAUCUUGAAGUAAUGCAGCAAAACCUCCCCAUAGUGAAUAGCAAAGGGAGAAAUUCUGAGGGUCUUUCUGAGAGCAGUCAUUGUACCUCAGAACCCAGUAGUUCCUGGGGUGAUUUUGAAGGCUUCAGGGAGUCCUUAGACAAAUCAGACAGGUUCAGGCAUAAUCUUGAAGUUUUGGAGAAGUCAACAAAAACUUGUAAAGUUGAUUGGGACUUAAGCAGGGGACAUUAUAGCACUUCUGCUGGUCACUUCUGUUCUGAGCCAUCUCAAGAGAGCGGGAUACAGAAGGCUUUGAGCUCUCUAAAUGAGGCAAACCACAGCUAUGAGGAUAUAUUUAAGAUGAGCUUUCCAGAAGUCUUUGUGUCACAGUCCAGAGAGAGCAUAAGAAGCUUAGAUCAAGUACUUGAUACAAAUAAUGAUGUUGGGAUUCCUGAACUUAGGAAGAAUCAACUUUGCAUUGAUUCUGGAAACAUAUGGAGAACACUUACAGACUUUGAUAAUACCCCCAGUUUAAGCCAUCCCUGGAGUAAAUCGCAUUGCCAAGAAACCCUCUUGAGUGUUCUUGGAAUAGAAGCAAAUCAAAAGGACUUUUCAGAGAGCCAGGAUAACAUUCUUGAGGAAUCAAAUGUUAAAGAUAAUGAGGACUUCAGAUUUGAUGGAUUCAAUAUUAAUGACUGCAAAGCACUGAUCCAGACCAAGCUUUCUGUAUCACCGGAUUCCAGAAAUGGUUUUUUCAGUCACAAGCUCUUUUUGAAAGCCACAUCGUCCAGUGGAAACAUGCAAUAUGUAACAACCCCAAGGAAGAAGCACAUUUUCACAACACACAACUUAAAAAUGAAAAAUUUCAGCAGUGAUGUUUGUUGA